AUGCUUGUUUAUAAGAAUAAGGCGAGGGUUACUCAAGAUAUUUCACGGUUUAUCGUCCCUUCGGCAGAAUCGCUUGCGCUCCGGAACAAGAACCAUAAAUGUCUUGUUGAAAGCGUUAACGAAGGGUGGAACAACUCGAUCCCUUUUACCACUACCCGUCCACAGCCUGACUACUUCGUUGGGUUCAAGCGAGACGCAUUUACCGAGGAGCAGCUCGCUAAACUAUCGCCCUUUAUCGGCGACUUUAUUGCCGGGGACCUGUCCUUCUUUAUGGCCACGUACUAUAUGUACUUCCCGUUCCUAACCUGCGAGGUGACGUGUGGCGCCGCGGCGCUCGACAUUGCAGACCGGCAGAACGCCCACAGCAUGACCCUUGCGGUACGGGGCAUCGUCGAACUCUUUCGUGCUGUCAAGCGCGAAGAUGAGGUUAACCGGAAGAUCCUCGCCUUCUCCGUCUCGCACGACUACCAGUCAGUACGGGUCUACGGCCAUUACCCAGUGAUAACCGGUAAAGGUACUGAGUAUUACCGGCACCCAAUCCGAAAAUUCGACUUCACGGAGCUGGACGGCAAGGAGAGAUGGAUAGCGUACCAAUUCACCAAGAACGUUUACGACACAUGGAUGCCCAAGCAUUUUGAGAACAUCUGUUCUGUCAUCAAGCAGUUGCCGUCGGAGUGA